UCCGUACUUUUAAAAAUCAAAGGAAAAAAAUGGCGAUGAGUGGAAUUGGGUUACUUUACUUGCAGUUCAGAGCUUUAUUAAAGAAGAAUUUGAUACUUUCAUGGCGGAGCAAGAGAUCGACGUUUCUUCAACUCUUCUCUUCGCUCUUCUUCAUUUUCCUUAUCUACUGUAUCGAGAAAGCCACAAAUGCUCAAAACUCCAAUUCGACGGCGUACAAGGUGAUCCGAGAUCCCAAGCCGUUGGUUGCUCCGGUGAUCCCCCCUUGCGAGGAUAAGUUCUUCAUCAAGCUGCCUUGUUACGACUUCGUUUGGAGCGGGAAUGAGAGUCAGACCGUUGAUAGGAUCGUUAGAGCCAUUAGAGAGAAUAAUCCCGGUAGACCUAUUCCCGAGUCUAAGGUUAAAUCGUUUAGGACUACUGUUGAAGUUGAUGACUGGCUUUUCAAUAACCGUAUGCAUGUGCCGGGAGCUCUGCAUUUUCAACAAGUAAAUGCAAGUGUGAUUAGCUAUGGUUUACAGACUAAUUCUACUCCAGUGGCAAGGCGAGGGCAAUAUGAAGAUCCCACUCUUAAAUUCCAAAUUCCACUUCAAGUUGCUGCAGAACGUGAGAUUGCUAGGUCACUAAUAGGAGAUCCAAGCUUUAGGUGGACUGUUGAAUUCAAGGAAUUUGCACACCCUGCAAUGGAAAGACUUGAAACUAUAGCCAUGGUUGGACCUACUUUUUUCCUUGCUAUUGCGAUGUUCAGUUUUGUGUUUCAGAUCGGUUCAUUGGUGUCAGAGAAAGAACUGAAGCUUCGACAGGCUAUGACUAUGAUGGGUCUUCUUGAUUCUGCCUACUGGUUAUCGUGGCUCACGUGGGAGGGACUCAUGACACUUAUUUCGUCGCUCUUCAUAAUUCUGUUUGGGAUGAUGUUUCAGUUCGAUUUUUUCUUGAAUAACAGUUUUGCCGUUCUCUUAUUCAUCUUCUUCCUUUUCCAACUCAACAUGGUUGGUUUUGCAUUCAUGUUGUCAGCCUUCAUGAGCAAAUCAUCUUCAGCCACGACAGUUGGUUUCUCUAUUUUUAUCAUUGGUUUUUUUACUCAGAUUGUUACCACCGUCGGAUUCCCCUACAGUGAUUCCUACAGUCAAACCCUUCAAAGUAUCUGGUCAUUAUUCCCACCCAAUCUUCUUGCUCAAGCACUAAGGCUUCUUUCUGAUGCUACUGCCAGCUCGACAGACAUUGGAAUUAGCUGGAGUAGACGAACCGAAUGUGCUCCAAAUGAUGAUGAGUGUGUAAUAACAAUUAAUGAUAUCUACAUAUGGCUGUUGGCUACAUUUAUUGUGUGGGUUGUUUUGGCUAUCUACUUUGACAACAUAAUUCCAAAUGCAUCUGGUGUGAGAAAACCAAUAUUGUACUUUUUGAGGCCUGGCUAUUGGACGGGGAAAGGUGGAAAGGAAAAAGAGGGUGGUGUUUGUAGUUGUAUUGGUAAAGCUCCACCUCUGGAGCAUAAUACUCCUGAUGAUGAAGAUGUCCUUGAAGAGGAAAACCUUGUUAGAACACAAACAAGGGAAGGUACCGUUGAUCCAAAUGUUGCAGUUCAGAUACGUGGUCUUGCAAAGACAUUUCCCGGGACCAGAACUUGCGGUUUCUGCUGUAAGUGCAAGAAGACUGCACCAUACCAUGCUGUUAAGGGCUUAUGGGUGAACCUUGCAAAGGAUCAAUUAUUUUGUCUUCUUGGACCCAAUGGAGCUGGAAAAACCACAGCAAUCAACUGCUUGACUGGCAUAACACCUGUGACUAAUGGAGAUGCGUUGAUCUACGGUAAUUCUGUUCGAAGUUCUGUUGGUAUGUCAAACAUUCGAAGAAUCAUAGGAGUUUGUCCUCAGUUUGAUAUUCUUUGGAAUGCUCUAUCCGGUAAAGAGCAUCUGGAGCUGUUUGCUAGUGUCAAAGGCCUACUUCCAUCUACAAUCAACUCAGUAGUUCAAAAAUCAUUGGAGGAGGUCAGACUCACAGAAGCUGCAAAAGUGAGAGCUGGGAGUUACAGUGGAGGAAUGAAGCGCCGACUCAGUGUUGCAGUCGCCCUUCUAGGGGAUCCAAAGUUAGUCAUUUUGGAUGAACCGACUACCGGUAUGGAUCCGAUAACCAGAAGGCAUGUAUGGGACAUAAUAGAAAGUGCAAAGAGAGGUCGUGCCAUUGUCUUGACAACACACUCUAUGGAAGAAGCUGAUGUUUUAAGUGACCGUAUAGGAAUCAUGGUAAAAGGUAGACUCAGCUGCCUUGGAACCUCAAUCAGGUUGAAGUCACGAUUCGGUACUGGUUUCAUUGCUAAUGUUAGCUUCACUGGAAACAACAAUGGACUUAGCCCUCCCAACGGAGAUGCAGCUGACACAACACACCAACGGGAGUCUGUAAAACAUUUCUUUAAAAAACAUCUAGACGUCGAGCCAAAGGAGGAGACCCAAAAUUUCUUGACUUUCGUCAUUCCUCAUGAUCGAGAAAAGCUUCUGACUGGAUUUUUUAAGGAGCUAGAAGAGAGAGCAGGAGAAUUUGGCAUAGCAGAUAUACAACUUGGUCUCGCAACCCUUGAAGAAGUUUUCUUGAACAUCGCAAGGCAAGCAGAGUUAGAAAGUGCUGCAGCCGAAGGGCGAUUAGUCACUUUGACGAUAACUUCUGGAGCAUCAGUCCAGAUACCAAUAGGUGCAAGGUUUGUGGGGAUUCCCGGAACAGAAUCUGCUGAGAAUCCUAGAGGUAUCAUGGUUGAGGUCUACUGGCAACAAGAUGAUACUGGGACACUCUGCAUUUCAGGUCACUCUGCUGAAAUACCACUACCUCAAAAUUUUCAACCGAUGGCUUCUGUACCGUCUCAUACCCGGAACCUCUUUGGCCGAAGGGGACCAGUUCAGGGAGUUGUGAUCAACCCGGAUGAAAGUUUUAGACCUACUUCAUAAUCAUACAUUAUAAACACUGCCUCAUACCCAGAACCUCUUCGGCUGAAGAGCACCAGUUUGGGGAGUUGGUCAGGCCGGAUUACACCUACUUCAUAAUCAUACAUCAUAGACACCUUAUUUUCAUCAUCAUUUUACUUGUUUGCUUGAAUCACUAUAGUCUUCUUUCGGGUUUUUCAUACGUAUAUUUUUUGUGGGUAUAGUAAGUAAUUUAUUUUUUGUAAUUAUAUUUUUAUUUAAUUUAUAACAUUUUGUUUGUA